AUGGUCGCUGAGGCGGUGGGCUUCAUGAUGCCCCGCGCGGCGGACGGCGGCACCAUGGCGCCGGAGCUCGUCACCCGGGACUUCCUCGGCGGCUGCCAGGCGCCCGCCCCCGCCGCCGACGACCCCAGGCACGACGCCGCCGCCCUGCAGGUACGCGCCGCUCCCGGCAAGCCACCGCUGCAGAAGCACCUCAGCCCGCCGCCGUCGGCCAGGGGGGACCUCAACCUCUUCCCCGCCGCCGGCGCCGCCAUGGCGCCGUUGCCGACGAUGGCGCCGGCGGCGGACUGCGCCGCCACCACCACGUACCACAGCGUUUGCACGAUCGAGAAGGUCAAGACCGCGCUGGAGCGGUUCGAGCGCGGCAAGCAGGGGCACCACCACCAGCAGCAGCAGCAGCAGCAGCAGCACAGCGGCGCGGGCGCGACCGCGGGCGCCUCCCCGUCCUCCUCCUCGGUCACCACCUCCUCCGUCAAGCGCCGCGGCGACGUUGCCGUGGAGCGGGGCGACGGCUGCGACUCCCCGUCCGCCAGCGCCGGCGGCGGGGGCAUGGUGGCCGCCGCCUGCCCGCGCUGCUUCCUCUACGUGCUCAUCGCCCGGAGCGACCCCCGCUGCCCGCGCUGCGAGUCGCACGUGCCGCCGCCCCCGGCACCGGCCCCCAAGAAGAAGCCAAGGAUCGACCUCAACGUCGGCUUCCUCGGCACCUAG